GAAAUUCAUUCUUGUAGACAGCUUCCGUUCCGGGUCAGGGGUAACCAACGUGGUGUGUCUUGUCUUGUAGCCCAACGUGUGCGCUGCUUCUGAGUGGUAAAACAUCUGAAAGAGAGCAAUAUAUAAGAAAGGAAGAUCUCAGAUCAGCGAUGGGGGAGUUUAAAGUUCACCGGGUUCGGUUCUUUGAUUACAUGCCGUCGGGAAUCAGAGCUUUGGCUUUCAACCAGGAUACUGAAAGGAUGGCAGUGGCGAGGAUGGACGGAUCAGUGGAGGUUUUCCACUGUUCAGACAGAUUUUUCCAAGAAAAGAUCAUCCCUGGUAGAGAGCAGUGUGGGAUUGAAGGUCUGUCCUGGGUUGGAGAGCGUCUGUUCAGUGCGGGACUAAACGGUGGAAUCACAGAGUAUGAUCUGACAAACCAGAAAGUGAAAUACACUAUAGAUGCAUAUGGAGGGCCAAUUUGGACCAUUACAGGCAAUCAACAAGGAACACACUUAGCGGUUGGUUGUGAAGAUGGAACUGUGAAGCUGUUUGAGGUGAAUGAAGACCAAAUACAGUUUGAGAGAAAUCUGGACAGGCAAAAAAGCCGCAUCAUCUCUCUGUCUUGGCACCCAUCAGGCUCCAAAAUAGCAGCUGGAAUGAUGGAUAUGAUCCAGGUUUUUAAUGUAGAGACAGGCCACUCUAUACACAGGAUGCUGGCUGACAGAGGGGCCGGGACAUCCCGCAGUAAGGAGUGUGUGGUGUGGAGUGUGGUCUACCUCUCAGAUGGGACAAUCAUCACUGGAGACUCUGUGGGAAUGGUCAAAUUGUGGGAUGAUCAAACUGGUACACUAAUCAAAAGCCAUAAUGUCACAAAAUGUGAUGUGUUGGCAUUAUCAGUCUCUCAGAAUGAGGACAGCCUUGUUGCCGGGACAUCAGAAGGAAUUGUGGUACAGUUCCAGUUCGUCUCUAUGGUUUUGGAAAAGGAUGAUAAAGAAUGGGUCAGAACCAGAACAUUUAGGAACCACACGCAUGACAUCAGAGCUGUGGCGGAGAUCACGACGGCUGUGGUUUCAGGAGGUAUGGAUGCACAGCUGGUUGUGAGACCUUUAUUAGACAAGAUCGAAGUGAGGUCAGCGGCCUCGGCUUUGAGGAAGAUUCACUUUCCACAUAGGAGACUGGUGUCCUGCGCAAGGAAGUCAGGCCUGAUGCUUUUCCAGUACCCUGGUCAUCUGGAGCUCUGGAGACUGGGAGAGAGUGAAGGAAAAGGCACACCAGGAAGCAGUUUAUUUGUAAAAAGAAAUCCAGAGAAGCUGCUUCAAUUGAAAGUGAAGGGUGAGGAUCACAUCCGCUGCAGUGCCGUGUCUCCCUGUGGAGGAUGGAUUGUGUACUCCACAGCCAGCACCCUACGGCUCUACAGGCUACACUGUGACAAUAACAACAUCAGCAUCACCAAGAUAUCAAAACUUCCAAAGGUACUCAGCUCAGCCAAUCAGCUUUGCUUCUCCUCAGACUCCUCCCAUUUGUUUUCCGCCUCCGCACAGUCAUCAGUGCACAUAGCUUCUCUCAGCCAAUCAGGAUGCAAGUUUGUGGGCACCCUUAAACCUAAGUCAGGUUCCCAUCAGGCCAUUCACUUAUUAGCAGCCAGCGAGGAUGGCAAAUGGUUAGCCUCCGCAAACAGUGACCACGAGGUUCACAUCUACAACCUUCAGACACAGAAGGCUCAUUGCACAGUUCCUGUAUACAGUUCUGCUGUCACCGCCAUGGGCAUUCACCCAGCAACAAACUGUCUGUUCAUCAUGCAUGCAGAUCAACAGAUGUUUGAGUAUUCUAUAGAGCAGAAACAGUACACGGAUUGGAGCAGGACGGUGCAGAGGAAGGGCCUUCAUCGUUUCUGGGUGGAAAGAGACACACCAUGUCUCAAUGUGAUGUUCAAUCCCCAAAAUCCUUCUCAUGUCAUCCUGCAUGAUAUGUACAUGCUCUGCAUCAUUGACCAAAGCCUGCCACUGCCUGAUGACAAAACUCAGUUCUACAAUCAGCUGACUUAGAGCCUCACAGAGGAACAGAGGAAAUCUCAGAGCCAUGCAUUCAAAGUAUGCAAGACCUUCAAGGAUAUCCUGUGUGUUGAGCUGAUGCCGGAUCAGUCUCUGGUGGUGGUUGAGCGCCCUCUAGAGGACAUUGCCACUCAGUUGCCUGCACCCAUCAAACAAAAGAAAUUUGCCACAUAAGGAUAGACCUCUCCAUCUGUAUGUGUGUGGCCUCAGUGAGGAAGUGUGUUUUAUAAAGAGACUGCAAAUUGUUCCCUGUUUCCCCCAAUGUAAAAACUGCUGAAACAGUAUUAAAAAGAAAUAUUUACUGUA